AUGGGUUCUGCAAAUUUAUCACCGUCUUCUUCUGGCCAUAUUGAUUUGUCAAUCUCAGGGCUUCAUGAAAGGCACAAAAUGGAGCUAGAAAAUUUGACUCUAACCACACAACCUUUCAAAACAUUGAAAUACUCCACAUUGGCGGUUAUUCAAUACAUUAAGAAAACAAUGUUGUACUUAUUGGCAAAAGGGGGAUGGCUUCUUCUUUUCAGUGUUUUGGUAGGGACUCUCGGCGUAGUGCUGAUGACCCAGGGUUGCCUGCAUGAGAAGCAUCUUGAGGAGUUUCUUGAAUAUUUCCGCUUUGGACUAUGGUGGGUGGCCCUUGGGGUUGCAUCGUCAAUUGGUCUUGGAUCUGGUUUGCACACAUUUGUCCUAUAUUUGGGUCCCCACAUAGCACUAUUUACAAUAAAAGCAAUGCAAUGUGGCCGAGUUGAUUUGAAAAGUGCUCCCAUUUUGCCUCAAGUUCAGAUGGAGGCUGUUCUAUGGGGUUUGGGAACGGCUAUAGGGGAGCUUCCUCCUUACUUUAUCUCCAGGGCAGCACGCUUGUCUGGGAGCAAAGUGGAUGGCAUGGAAGAGUUAGAUAGUGACGAGAAAGGAGUCUUGAAUCAAAUCAAGUGCUGGUUUUUUUCUCACACACAGCAUUUAAACUUCUUUACCAUUCUAGUGCUUGCUUCGGUGCCAAAUCCUCUAUUUGACCUUGCUGGCAUCAUGUGUGGACAAUUCGGUGUUCCAUUUUGGAGUUUUUUCCUCGCAACCUUGAUUGGAAAGGCAAUUAUUAAAACUCACAUACAAACGGUAUUCAUCAUCUCCGUUUGCAAUAAUCAACUUCUCGACUGGAUAGAGACUGAAGUUAUCCGGGUUCUCAGCCAUGUACCUGUUUUUGCAUCUGUUUUGCCUAAACUGGUUGCUAAUCUCCAUGCAAUGAAAGCUAAGUAUCUGAAAGCACCUCAACCAGUUUCCCCAAAUACACAGGGGAAAAAGUGGGAUUUUUCUUUUACUUCAAUCUGGAAUACUGUGGUAUGGCUCAUGCUCAUGAACUUCUUCAUCAAGAUAGUGAAUUCAACCGCGCAGACGCAUCUGAAGAAACAGCAGGAGAGAGAGGUAGCCGCAUUAACCAAAAAGUCAGAUUCAGAUUCAUAA